CCAGCUGCUGUCGUAGGCGAGGACGGCUGCUAGUGCGGCUGCUGUUGGUUCGCGGCGGCGGCGGCGGCGGCGGAGGAGGAGGAGGAAGAGGGCGAGGCGACAGGGGAAGAAGGAGGCAGGCGCGGCGGCGGCGGCUUCGCCCGGGGCGGGCGGCGGCGGCGAGGGGGGGGGAAGAUGGCGGACGUGCUCAGCGUCCUGCGACAGUACAACAUCCAGAAGAAGGAGAUCGUGGUGAAGGGAGACGAAGUGAUCUUCGGCGAGUUCUCCUGGCCCAAGAAUGUGAAGACCAACUAUGUAGUUUGGGGGACUGGAAAAGAAGGCCAACCCAGAGAAUACUACACAUUGGAUUCUAUCUUGUUUCUACUUAAUAAUGUACACCUUUCUCAUCCUGUUUAUGUCCGACGGGCAGCUACUGAAAAUAUUCCUGUGGUUAGAAGACCUGACCGAAAAGAUCUACUUGGAUAUCUCAAUGGUGAAGCAUCAACAUCAGCAAGCAUAGACAGAAGUGCCCCUCUAGAAAUAGGUCUUCAGCGAUCUACCCAAGUGAAACGAGCUGCAGAUGAAGUUUUAGCAGAAGCAAAGAAACCACGCAUUGAGGAUGAAGAGUGUGUGCGCCUUGAUAAAGAGAGAUUGGCUGCUCGUUUGGAGGGUCACAAAGAAGGGAUUGUACAGACUGAACAGAUUAGGUCUUUGUCUGAAGCUAUGUCAGUGGAAAAAAUUGCUGCAAUCAAAGCCAAAAUUAUGGCUAAGAAAAGAUCUACUAUCAAGACUGACUUAGAUGAUGACAUAACUGCCCUCAAACAGAGAAGUUUUGUGGAUGCUGAGGUAGAUGUGACACGAGAUAUUGUCAGCAGAGAGAGAGUGUGGAGGACACGAACAACUAUCUUACAGAGCACAGGAAAGAAUUUUUCCAAAAAUAUUUUUGCAAUUCUUCAGUCUGUAAAAGCUAGAGAAGAAGGGCGUGCACCUGAACAGCGACCAGCCCCAAAUGCAGCACCUGUGGAUCCCACAUUGCGUACCAAACAGCCUAUCCCAGCUGCCUACAACAGAUAUGACCAGGAAAGAUUCAAAGGAAAAGAAGAAACGGAAGGCUUCAAAAUCGACACUAUGGGCACCUACCAUGGUAUGACGCUGAAAUCUGUAACGGAAGGUGCAUCGGCCCGUAAGACUCAGGCUCCUGCAGCACAGCCAGUACCAAGACCAGUUUCUCAAGCAAGACCUCCCCCAAAUCAGAAGAAAGGCUCUCGAACACCCAUUAUCAUAAUUCCUGCAGCUACCACCUCUUUAAUAACCAUGCUUAAUGCAAAGGACCUUCUGCAGGACCUGAAAUUUGUCCCAUCAGAUGAAAAGAAGAAACAAGGCUGCCAACGAGAAAAUGAAACUUUAAUACAGAGAAGAAAAGAUCAGAUGCAACCAGGAGGCACUGCAAUUAGUGUCACAGUUCCUUAUAGAGUAGUAGACCAGCCCCUCAAACUUAUGCCUCAAGACUGGGAUCGGGUUGUAGCAGUUUUUGUGCAAGGUCCUGCAUGGCAGUUCAAAGGUUGGCCAUGGCUUUUGCCUGAUGGAUCACCAGUUGACAUAUUUGCUAAAAUUAAAGCCUUCCAUCUCAAAUAUGAUGAAGUUCGUCUAGAUCCAAACGUUCAGAAAUGGGAUGUAACAGUAUUAGAACUCAGCUAUCACAAACGUCAUUUGGAUAGACCAGUUUUCUUACGGUUCUGGGAAACAUUGGAUAGGUACAUGGUAAAGCAUAAAUCCCACUUGAGAUUCUGAAUUUUACUUGGUUUCCCUUUUUUCUGGAGAUCUGGAUUAAGAAGCAUGGAUAUACCUUGACCUAAAGACUGAGACUCAAGCUUUAUGAAUUUAUCAAGAACUUACAAAUGAAGAAGGUCACAGAUCGAUCUUUUAUAAGACCUUAUUUGAUGCUUUAUGCUUCAAAGGGAUGAUGCUUGUCAUCCAUAUAAGCAAACUUUUUGGCUUACAACUAUUUUUUUAAUAUUAGCCUUCUAGUCUGUAAUGGAAAUUGUAUAUUUUGAUAGAAGUUUUUUCUCCAUUGGUUAAAUUAGCAUUACUUAAAAUUUGUUUCUUUAGAAAAUAAAUACAGGUUAUAAAUGUGUGUAUAUUUAGAGGUUAAAAGCCUCUCUAGGCCAUCUUCUGAUUUUUCAGUGCUCUAUAAUUCCUUUUAUUGAAAAUACUAUGUUAUGAAUGAUAUUAAAUUUUAGUCUCUGGAACUUCCAAAACUAGCAAAGGGAUGUGACUAUUUUGAAUGAAUCAGAAUGUCAACUGUAUGUAUACUGUACCUAUUCUUUAUUUAAAAAAGAAAAAUGAAAAAUCAAGAACAAUUCUUCAGCUUUGGUUGAACUGUUCAGCCUUUUCAAGACUUCUUUACUUAAAAUGAAUGAAUACAUUUAAUGAAUGUACAUUCUUCUCACUGACUUUGGUGAUUUUAAAACUUAGAAUGAUAUUUCUAUCUGUGCUAUCUUUCCACUUGAAAAAUCUCAAAACACAGAUUAAAAACCUGUUAGGCUAUAGUACUUUUUAUUUUGGGAGCCAGAGUAUGUUUGGGGGAAGGAAAUAUAUUAGUCCUACUGCAAUGUAACUUUAACUUUCUUAUUUUUUCUCAUAAGUUCACCUUUGAUUCUUACUUUAUAUGUAUGGCGUAGGAUUUUGAGACUUCUAUUUCUAGGCAUGUUGAUCUUGGAGUUCUUAUCUUCCAUUAUCCCUAAAUAUUGAUAAAUUCCCCCAGACACCAAAGAACACAUUUGCUUAAUUAAGUGUCUGAAAAGAAACAAGAUAAAAACACUGGUAUUUUUAUGUGCGUGUUCAAUAUCGUAUAAAAUAUAAAACCUAUAUUUUAACUUAGUAAAAUAUUUUACUACUUCUCUACUUUAGAGUGUUGCAUCCAAGGUACAAAUGAAUGAGCAUUUUCCUUGAGUCUUGAUUUCACCUUUUAUUACUUAAAAGCAACUUGGAACCUCUACUCCCCUAAAGAGUUUUUGCCAUUAGGAUCGUUGCUGAUCUUUCAUCUUGUGUCAUUUUUUUCUCUAUCCCCCCCCCGCCAAGUGAUUUUUCUUAGGUCAGCUUUUUUUUUUUUUUUUUUUUGGGUAAACAUUUAGCUCCUCCUUAUGUUAUGCUGACAUUACCUAGCCUCAUUUUGAAAUUUAAUGCUAUCAUAAAAAUGAGAAGCACUUACUAUUUAUUUUUAAUCACAAAAGUCCAUACCAGUAGUGAAUAGGAAAAGUAUUUAUUCGUAUGGAAUUCACUAGGUUCUUAAGAAAAGCAGUCAGCAUUUUAAAUUAUUAGAUUGUAGGAUAUUUAUAAGGUUUGAACAGAUUCUACCCCCUUCCAUUCUUUGCAUCCUCUCUUCUUGAAAACAAAAGAGAACUCAAAUUUGUUCACUUUAAAAUUUCUCAGCAUAUAAACUGUCUUCAAAAUAAAUUAUGUAUUGUAUAAACUUUCUCCAUGAUGAAAUCGUCGAGGACUAGAAUCUGUGAUAUUUUAAUGUAAGAUUACUUGUUAAGACUACUACAAGUGGACAAGAACUACCUUUCUAUAAAGAUUUUUAGUAUUUAUACUUAUGUCAUAUAAGAAAUUUACUUGAUACAGAGUGUGGUUAAAAUUGGGAACAUCUACUUUAAACAGGGUUUAUUUUUCUAUCUUGAAUUUGCCUUAUGUAUAUUCAAAGGCUUCUGGAAAUACUGUAAAGGAACAUUAGGAAAAGUACAAAUAUGCUGUGCUAUGUAUUUUAAAAUCAGACCCUUAGUAUGUACUUAUUUUUUCUUUUUUCAGUAGUUCAGUCCCUUAUUUAGGUCCAUGUAAUUAAUUUAAUAGCCAUUAAUUCCAAAAACAAAUUUUUUUCAGCCAAUCAUUAUCUCAUGACUCCCAAGUCCUACAGCAGCACCUAUCACUGUGCCUUGCACAUAGUAGGCGUUCAGUAAAUAAUUUAUAUGCAUGAAUGAUUUUUCAGUGUGACAGAUUUAUUACAAAAAGUACUCUUUGACUAGGUCUUAGAGUUUGAAAAUACAGAAUUACAGGGAAUGAAGAGGUAUACAUGGAUAUUUUAAUGGAAAUGAGGUAUGCAUUAAUAAACUUGACUUACCCGGAAGUUUCUGUUAACUGGAGACACCCUUGUCUUGUCCCACUGGUAAAAGAAAAUUCCAUUUCUUUCUUUAUAGGACCCUCUUCUGAGUCAGGUACCAUUAAGAAGCUUGUUGGUUUCAGUCAGUAACUCUCAGCCCUGACUGCACAUUACAGUCAUUUGGGGGACCUUUUAAAUAUACUAUUGCCUGAUUCCUGAUUCUGAUUUAAUUUGGGCUGAGACCUGAUCAUCAGUAUUUUAAAAAAGUUCUUUAGGUAAUCUCAUGUUCAGAAAGGAUUGAGAAUCACUGAUUCAAUUUGUUGUUGAAAACAGUGCCAGUAUUAAAUGUUUCCUCCUCCCCUUUCCUCAUCUCUCCUCUCCUUUUUCUUUUUUCUUUUUUCUUUUCUUUCCUUUCCUGCUUUUUUUUUUCUUUUGAUGACCACCCUUUACACUAGACCAUCCCCCUUAUUGAUGGUAUUGGUCUACAGUUCCACAUGACAAAUUCAAGUCUUAUUUAUUUAAUAUAGGAGUAUUUUGCUGUUUAAUAUUUAAACAAUGUUUAAUAUAUUUCAUUAUAAACUAGUAUUACAGUUUAUGAUUUGUUUCCCAUGUGUCCAUAUCUUUUACUAACUUUUUUUUAACAGCAGCAUGACAACAGUCCAUACAGAAAUAACUAGUUCAUAAUGAGGAAAAUUUCAUAAUUAGUUUUUAAGGUAGAAGAAAGUAAAGUAUUAAUUUCUUAUCUGCCAUGCAGAAUUAGAGUUUGCUUAUGAAAGGGAAGAGGCAUACUUUUUAAUUGGUCUGCACAGAAAAGUAAAAGUAAAUUAUUCAUUUAAAUAAAAUUCAUUAUCAAACAUUGAAGGAAAUAUUUUUCCUAAAUAAAAAUUUUUGUGACUCCUAACAAAGUUAAAGUGAUACAUUUUUUUUGGAGGGUGGGGAGGGCAUAUUUAGUUGACAUAUUUCUUGCUAUAUAACAAUUCCAUUUUAUUGGUAUUAACAAUAGAAAUGAUGAUAGGAUAUACAUAUGUGGCCAGAAAUAAAGUGCCACUUUGUCAGAUAACGAUUAUCUGAGUCUUAGUUGUUGAACUAAUUAGUUUUUGAGACCAGCAGUAUAUUAUAAAAGCUAAUCAAAAUUAAAACAUGAAAAUAAAUUUAAGUACAUGCGCCUUAAUAUUACUUGACUGAAUUUUUAUUCACUUGGAUUUGAUAGUCAACUGGUUACCCUAACCAUAGUAAAUUAACUUUAUAAAAGGACAAAUGACUGAAUUUGACUUAAAUUAAGAACUGGAUUAGGAAUUUUGAAAUGCUGUGUCCUAUAUAUUCUGGCCUAUCCAUUGCCACAUUUGGCUGUAUUGUGGUGCCAGCAUGGUUUCUAUAUUAAUAUGUUGGAAUAACUAAGGAAAAAUUGAAAAUGUAUAAAUAGGUGUAUAAAGAAUUUAGUAAAUGCAUAAUAGGCAAUAAUACUUCCAGGUCAUUGAUCUGUUUGGGCUUAUGUGUAUUAUUUUAGGUAGUUUUUAUUAGAGUAUCUUGGGAGUUAUAAAUGUAUGCCAUUUAAAUGAGUAAAGCUAAUGAAAUUUUAUUGCCAAAAUUCAAAAAGUGGGGGCUGCUAUGUCAAUUUUAAGUAAAUGAUGUAUCUGAGAAUUUUGUUUGCUACUGAAUUCCCUUUCUAUCCAGUUUAAGUUUACUAAAAGUUACUUAACCUCCAAGUUUGAUUAUAGUGCUUUAUAUAUAAUGUAGUUCAUUUACAUGGUGUAGGCACUAUAAAUGAUUGUUUUGCCACCAAUUUGUAUUAUUUCUCAAGCAAAGUGGUUCUUGAAUGGAGCUUAAAUUUGGGCCAUGUGAUCUGAUAAAAUGUUCGGUGAUUCUUACUCCAUUUCAGUGGAUUUUUAAAUUUAAAGUUUAAUUGUAAAUAAAACAUUUUGUAGUACUUUACUUCAGUCUUGGGGACAUGCCCACCCCACUUCUACCCUGCUCUUUAUCCCUCCAGCCAAAAAAUCACAACCAAGAAUACGGAAACUGUAUUAUGGGGUAGGAUAUGGAUGAUGACCGUCUUUCCAUAAAAGGAUUUAUGAGAUUUUUCAGGCAUAGUAUUUCUGUUUUGAAAAUAAAUGCAAUGUGAGUUUUCACUUUGAAAACUAAUGAGUUAAGUACAUUUAUAGUCUUCUGUUAAUGAGUUAGAUAACGUAGAGAAUCAUAGUUCUUCCUAAAAGUACCAAGCCACAUGCUCUAUUGAGCUUAGUUUGCUUAUGGUCCAAUAUACUAUCUCCUUUAUUGUUUUAAUAGAAUUAAUCAUCUUUACAGUUUGAGUACCCUGAUUUUAACAUUUUAUAGUUUGAAAACAAACUGUACUCUGCAUAUAAUCAAACCAUUAACAGCAUCAUCCUAUUGGUUGUGCCAGUGAUAAUGUGUGACUCUUUUGCAAUGAAAUUUCUUUAAUGAAGAAUUUAAUGGGCCCUAUUCAAACUUAAUUUCCAUUCAGUUCAUAAGUGCCCACUAAAUAUGUUUUAUCCUGCUCUUCUGUUCAUGUGGAUCAUCUGCUCUUAGGCAGAUGAGCAUUCACAUAACUAAAAUAGAUAUAGCAAGAGUUGUAGAUGCUGUUGGAUUUUUUUCAAGGCUCAAAGGUGCUAGUAUAUAACAGCACAUUGCCAAAUAAGCUUUUUUUCCUCUCAUUUUCUAAAACACUUUCCAUUUUUAUUUAAUCGUGUAAUGAUCAGGUGUUUAACAUAAAAAGUAGCUCUAGAGAAGGAUGUAUUGUUGAAUCAUAAUUAUUUGUAGGUACUUUGUCACAGAAUUAUAGUUUAUAAUUAUAAUUCAUCAUCCAGAGAAUGUUGAUUUAUACUACACAACUAAUGUAAAUAGGGCUCAGGCUAUAUAAGAAAGAAGAAAUCAGAGAUUUGGUUAAUCACACUUGAAUAUUUUUUUGGACUGUACUUGAUUUACCAAAAAUUUCCAAAUGGAAACCCAUUGAGUUACACAACAUUCACUGUGAUAAAAUAUGGUAAUUUACACUCAAAGAAGAACUGCAUUCAUGGAGUUUACCAUGUUAAAAAUGUAAAUAUGGUAAUGGCAUCAAUUUCUCUUUUUAAAAUUGUUAAAUAAUAUAAAUAUGUUUUUCUUUAAAAUGGAAUAGUUUGAAAUUUUAUCAAGUUGGUGUGUGUAAUGGUUGGGGAAGAUCAAAUGAGCUUGCUCAUGGCUUAUUCGAUUAUUUUAGCCCUAUUGGGCAUCACUAAUGUUUAUGGCAUUUUGACUGUAAAACAGUUUUAAAGUAUUUGUAUUCUUAGUUAUGUGUUUUUAUUUCAUUAUACACCAUUGAGUACAAAAAGGAAGUGUAAGGGUUACUGAUGAUGAAAUAAACUGGGGGGCAUUAAUGUAGUUGAUGUAGGAAUUUGAAGAGAAAGAAGAAAUUAUAUGGGAACUCCAGCUCAGUGGGAAAAAAUGUAGUAGGAUUUGGGCAGUGAUGUAUCUUUUGGGGGUUUAUACAUAAAUUUAAGUGAAACUAGGCAAACCUGUGGUAUGAAAUUUCUCCAGCAGCAUUUAGUGGCUUGAUUGCAGGUGUAGAGAAAAAUAGAUUUUCAACUUUUGAUGGAAGUAAAAGCAGGCCGGGGAGGUGAAGAUACUCACAAGUGAUGAUUUAUAGUACCAGGAUAUGGAAUCUUAGCUCUUCAAGGAAUAAACAAUAUAAGGGAGGUGGUGGAUUGUAUGAAAGUGGGGCUGAUCCAUGAACUGAAAUCUUCAGUGAAAUGAAGCUAAAAAUAAGUCUGAAAGAGAAGAGAGGAUGGGAUAUAUGAAAUCAAGAGUUCAGAGGUGAUAGGGUAUUGAUGAGGGAAAGUCAAGAACUUGGAAGUGACUGAGAUAGGAGAAGAGCUCUUUGGAGUCAAAGAUCUGAGACCGUGGUUACUUAUGUGAGUGUUGAAAUAACGACAAGAAUAGGGCUGGCAGGGAAGAGAGCCACAGGCUAUGACUCGGGUCGAUGGCAACAAGAAAAUUGUAAAUGGAUAGCAUGAACUUUAAGGACCCAUGCUCAAAAUCAUUGGCUUUGUAUCAAGAGAUCAGUGAAUGUACAUUUAGAUAUUUCAGGAUUUUUUUUAAGGGUAUAGAUCAUUUCAAUGCCCCCCUCUAACUUUUUUUUUUUUUAAUUAUGUGCAUGUUCCAUUAGCACAGAUUAUGAGGGCUUUCAUUGUACUAAGUCCUCUCUGACAGCCUUUCUACCUUCUCUGAGUCUUAUUUUCCCCAAUUUGCUCCCACAUCAGGCUAGUUCUUGUAUUCUUUGCCUCUUCUGUAGUGUAAUGGUAAUGGAGUGGAUAAAAUUCUUUUUUUGGAAGACCUGAGCACCACUCUGUUCUGAGGGUCCAUAACGUGCCCAAACUUCUAGUUGUAUGUACAUCUCAUUUCUGAGGGAGAACACCAUGAAUGGUUCCCAAAGUGGCUACAGGGUACUGGAAAAAAGGAAUACCUGGAAGUACUGGAGGUUGUAAAGGGUUUUUCAUUGACUUUUCUAUGGGCAUCUUCUUAUUCUCAGUUUGUUUUGUUCUAGAUUGUGGUUGAGGAUUCUUGGAAUGUUGUCAGCUUUCUUUUCCUACAGUGAGGUGGGUUAGAUGUUAUUUUGAGCCUAAUCUAAAUCUUACCUGAAUCUGUUUCUUUCUUUGGUUUCCUUGUUAACAUGAGGUGGUAUGUGUCUUUUCUUGUUUGGUGGCUGAUGGUUUACUGUUUUUCCUUUUUUCUCACUCCCCUACCAAUUGUUAAGUGUGAUGGAGCUCUGAUCGUACUUCAUUGUCUUCACCCAGAAGUGACCUUACGUAUUCUUGAUGGAGGAAACAAGCCAUGGACUUCUCAAUACUGUAUCUCAAAAACGUGUGCAUAUAAUAAUCUUUCUUUCCUCCUAUUACAGUGAUUUAAAUGUCCGGUCAUCCAUCAAGGACUUGUCUAUUCAUAUGUGUUCUCCUACAACCUCCCCCCCACUAUCAUCAGUUUUGCCCUAUUACUGUUUCUUCUCUAGUUUGUGUCUUUAUCCUGUCAUACCCUGUACUUAUCCCUUCCACCCACAUUUAAACUGGGUUGCACCUUUCAUCUUAAACAGGGUUCUAGGGAGGUGGCUUGAAUAUGAGCACCUCACUCUCGAUUCAUGGAAUUAGAGGAAAAGAGUGCAGUCCACAUGUGUGGUACUAGGAAGACUAGCUUCAGAGUACCUGCUGGGCUACUGCAUGGUGGGCUCUCAGUUCCUGUUUGUUUGGGUCCUGGCAGCUUGCUGGUUAACACAUCCUCAGCCCACAGAAGCAGAGGUAACUGGCUUGUUUGUAUUGCUCGUGGGUUUAUUGCCUCUCAGACUGUCCCACAGUUUGACUUGUGCCAAAGGGUGAAUGAGCCGACAAAGGAAAAUAGUCUAGAGAAGCCUAAAAAACAAACAA